AUGGGGCCGAUGAAAUAUAAGUCAAGUGUGUCCUCGGUGUCCUGUGGUCUGCAAUAUCACCAUUCUUUGAUAAAGUGGAGUCCAAAAAUGAAUUCACACGUAGUGCGGCCUUUCUGCUCGUCAGCACCUAAGAGGCCUGAAGCCAAGUCUGCGAUAGAAAUGGCCAUGGGUCGUCUCCAUCGGCUGACGGAGGCUGGGACUGUCAUGGGGAAAAACUCCCUUCAAAAAAUGUCUGCAACGUGCAGGAGCUGGUGGGACAGAUACGAAGAGUUUGUUGGAAUUAAUGAAGUUCGAGAGGCACAGGGAAAAGUGACAGAGGCUGAAAAUGUCUUUAUGAUAGCUCGAGGGAUAGUACGAGAGGCUCGUGAAAAUGUAGAAGCCCAGCAGAUUAAACUGAAGGAAAUUCGAGACCGCUUAGACAGGGUCUCUCGAGAUGACACCCAGUAUUUGGAACUGGCUACUCUGGAACACAGGUUGCUGCAGGAAGAAAAGAGGUACCGAGCUGCAUAUUUAAAUGCAGAAGAGUCCGAGAGAGAAAAAUUCUCUCUCUUCUCUGCAGCUGUAAGGGAAAGCCAUGAGAAAGAGCGAACAAGAGCUGAAAAAACGAAGAACUGGUCUAUUAUUGGUUCUGUACUGGGAGCUAUUAUAGGUGUUCUUGGUUCCACCUAUGUUAAUCGAGUAAGGCUGCAAGAAUUAAAAGUCUUGGUGCUCGAAGCACAGAAGGGCCCAAUAAAUCUGCAAGAAGCCAUCAGAGAACAGGCCUCCAGUCAUUACUUACAGCAGAAGGAUCUCAGCGACGUCAUAGCAGACCUGAAAAACAUGCUGCGAACAAGGACAUCGCAGGAAGUGAAAGAAGGUGCUUUGUUAACUACAGAAGACAGGAAUGACUCCAUAAAAAUAGAUUCUCUUUUGAUUCCUUUGAACGAGCAGCUGAACUACACAAAACAAGUCAGUUCCUGCCUAGGGAGCUUACAGCAGCAGUUGAACAGCCUGCAGGAGAGCGUGGUGCAAGUGAUUGCUGAGCUGCACAGUGUUAAAGUCGCCGUUCAUUCUCGACCGGUGGAGCGAGUGAUGCCGAGGUCGGCAGCGGAGGGUAAGGGCCAGGCUUCUGCCGUCAGAGAUGUCAUUUUAGAAUUGUGCGAUACCGAGCGGAGACUGGAAACGCAAAUCAAGAAAAAUUCCAUUUACAGCACUGCUCUGACAUGUGCCGUGUUUGCUCUUACCGUGCCAGUACUCUAUGUUAUCCUGAAGGGGAACUGA